UUGCCAAUUUAUUGACUCGCGGUUGUCCUUUAAUUUAAUUAAUUUAAAAUUUUUAAGACAAUUUAUUGCGGCUGUAUCAUUGCUAGACCGUGGUGAAUCAUACAAAGCACUGGUUCGACUCGCUGCUUAUCGAAAAGACGUACAAAGGUCUACAAGAAUUGACAAUAAUUUUAUCUGGUUGCGGUUUAUAUACGGCUGCAUUGAAGCCGUAUCUAUGGGAUAUAUUCUACCAGCAGCAAGUGGGCAAAUUGUACGCGGAAAUAAAAAGGCUGCGUUCUUGGGCAAUCAGCACCAGCUAAUGGUUCAACAUGUUCGCAUUGGCACGUACUGCCUCAAACGCCCCUAAGCGGCCGUGCGUUGUAAGUAGGAUUUGCCGAAGCGAUUAUGCGGUUUUGGAACCAAUCAUUUGCCGUGGAAUCAUGUGCAUAAUUUGAUUGCUGCCAAACUGAAGCACAGAAAAACUGUGAUGUGACUACGACCAUCCCAUGUUGAAGCUAUCUGGGAUUUCGCCAACUGAAAGGAUAUCGCUAAUCGCCUCGCUGCCGCUGCUAAGAGUGCUUUAUGAUAUACAAUGUUUUGUGUUUGAUUACCUGGAGAAUAUACAAACAAAUCUGAUGGUUUUCCAACACUGGAACAGGCAACAUACAAUUGGCCAUGUGAGAAACCAUUUUCUUUACUUGCCAUGGCUGUCGUUGGGUAUCUUAUUCACUUCGCAAUAGCGUUAGUUAUUGUGAAUAAAGAAGUGACGCCUACACGCGGAAUGCUUUACCCACGGGAGUCCGAAACGCGGGAGAUGCGUUCAUUGGAUGGAUUAUGGAACUUUGUCACAUCGGACGAAGCAAAUCCAACACAGGGAGUACGAGAUAAAUGGUUUGGAGACGACUUGAGUAAGGUAAAAAAUGUGAUCCCCAUGCCAGUGCCUGCUAGUUAUAACGAUAUAACAACAGACAAUACAAUCCGCGAUCAUGUUGGUACUGUAUGGUACGAUCGCAAAUUUUUCGUUCCACGGUCCUGGGCGAAAGAUCAACGAGUAUGGCUUCGAUUUGGCAGUGUGCACUACGAGGCCUUUGUGUGGAUUAAUGGAGAAAUGGUCGUAAAACAUGAAAUGGGUCAUUUGCCUUUCGAAGCGGAAGUUACAAAUUUUGUAAAAUACGGCGAGGAAAAUCGUAUUACCGUUAUGUGCGACAAUGCGCUUAUACAAACCACAGUGCCUCAGGGAAAAAUUAGCGAAGUUAAGAAGGAUGGAGGAGUUGCAAUAGUUCAAACUUAUACAUUUGACUUCUUCAACUACGCAGGAAUACAUCGCUCCGUCCAUUUGUAUACCACACCAAAAACUUUCAUCGAAGAGGUUGAAGUCACUUCCGAUUUGGCAGAAAAUUCAGUGGGGCAUGUAUAUUAUAAAGUAAAAGUGAGCGGAACUGCCUCGAACGAAGCCGACAGUUCUCUCCAAAUUCGAGUGCAACUGCGAAACAAAGAAGGUGUCAUUGUUUCCAAUAGUACAUCCAAUGGCGAUUUGAAUGGUGUACUGGAAGUAAAGAAAGCAAAUCCCUGGUGGCCAUAUUUAAUGCAUCCUGAACCUGGUUACCUUUAUCAAAUGGAAUUAUUUUUACACGCUGCUGAUAAUACUUUAAUAGACAUUUAUCGACUGAAGGUUGGAAUACGCACACUUACCUGGAAUAAUACCUCAUUCCUUAUCAAUGGACGGCCAGUGUACUUCAGAGGUUUCGGCAAGCAUGAAGAUUCAGAUAUACGUGGAAAGGGAUUAGACUUCGCGUUACUAACUCGUGACAUGAAUUUGUUGAAAUGGAUCGGUGCAAAUGCCUAUCGCACUUCACAUUAUCCCUACUCCGAAGAGUCCAUGCAGUUUGCCGAUGAAAAUGGCAUUAUGAUAAUCGACGAAUGUCCCAGUGUUGAUACGGACAAUUACAACCAGGCAUUAUUGGACAAACAUAAAUCCUCCAUGGAGCAGCUGAUACAUAGGGAUCGGAAUCAUCCAAGUGUGAUUAUGUGGUCUAUAGCGAACGAGCCCCGUACUAGUCCAUUUCAAGCCGAUUCUCACUUUCAAUUUGUAGCCAACUUCACACGCGCACUUGAUAGCACAAGGCCCGUAACUGCAGCCAUUGCCGUGCCCUCGGGCAGUGAUCGAGCUGCUAAACAUUUGGAUAUAAUAUGUUUUAAUCGUUAUAAUGGAUGGUAUAGUAAUCCCGGAAAAUUGGACAUGAUCACUACAAACGUCGUCGAGGAAGCGAUUACUUGGAACAAAAAACACAACAAACCGGUGAUGGUUGGGGAAUAUGGCGCUGACACCAUCGAAGGACUACAUUUGCUUCCUGCUUAUAUUUGGUCUGAAGAAUACCAAAAUGAAUUAUUCUCGAAGCACUUCAAGGCAUUUGACAUACUUCGAAAAAAGCAGUGGUUUAUUGGCGAAUUCGUUUGGAACUUCGCGGACUUCAAGACAGCACAAUCGGUAACACGCGUGGGCGGUAAUAGAAAAGGGGUUUUCACACGUAAUCGUCAGCCAAAGGCCACGGCUCAUCUACUGCGAAAACGCUAUUUUGCCCUUGGUAGUGAAAUAGAUCAUUGCAAUGUUCCAGAGGAUAUUUUCCUUUAUAUCACCGAUGCAUCUUCAACUAUGUCGCGUAGUAAACGAGAGGGAGCUGAUUUAUAGAACGUGUUUAAAACCACUGAGUGUAUGUAGAUCCUAACAAAAUAAGUAAUACAUAGCAGCUCCAAUUUCAAGUUCAAUUAAGCAUUUUACUUUUUGUCUUUUGACUGGCUGAAUUUUCGUAUAUCAUAAAACAUAAACGAAUUAUUUUGUAUUAAAAAAAAAACAUAUUUUUAUACACAUGUAUUAAGCUUUAAUAAACUUAAUGUUAGUGUUAAUGAUAAAUAAA